AUGACAGAAAUUUGUCUUCUUCGUUUACAUCCGUCAUGCUUAGAUAUAAACUAUGCUGUUAAGCUGUGUUGGACCAAAGGUCUCUUCGAUGCUUACUUACAUUUGUACACCGAUAUUUUAAUGGAUUUCGAAACACCUUUCAAUGAUCUCAUACAGUGUCUGAUCAAUAGUUUAAACGAUUCUAAUAACGAAACAGAGGAAUAUGAUGGUAAUAGAAUAGAAAAAUGCGGUCAUUGCCUACUGGUCUUACUUCGGUUGGCAUUUGCAGGUGAAUCGUUCAGUCAUCAACGUUUACCAUCUCCACUACAUCAAGAUAUUCCUAUAAAGGUUUUCAAUCUUAUGCUCAGUGAAUCUAUCCCUAACCUAAAAUGUCCUCUUAUAUGUUUGCAAAAUGUUAAAUAUCCUGUCUUACACUUGCUUCUGCGAUACAAUACAAUAGACUUUCUCAAUUUAGUCACUCUAUCAGCUUGUGAUGAGUUUUUUGCAAAAGGACAGCUGGGUCAGUCACGACGUCAACAGCUUUACCAUUGUCUGAUUAUAACCUCACUUCCACCACCAUCGUCAUCGUCAACAAUCAAUGAAGAUUCGCAGUCCAAUGCUAUUGAUCAAGUGACGGAAUUGGAAAAGCCUAAUCGCCAACUGUCAACGUAUAAUGUAUCUAUUCCAUGUCGUGUAUUUGUCUUCAUCACAAAUCAAAUUAACCUGGUGCACAGUGACGAAAUCGAAAUUGAUCAUAAUCUCGUUUAUCAGUUGUUCAAAUGUGUUUGCGAUUCAAAUCAUAAAUUGACUAGAAAUCUCCUGUCCGAAUUCGAAUUAGCUGUGAUUGAGUCAAUCGAAUUGGGCCUAUUAAAACACCUCGAACAAUGUGCCACUUUAAGCUCUGAAAAAGGACUAUAUAAAGUAUGUGAAUAUAUUCAUCAAACAUGUGGCAAUGAAUUUCUCGUUUUAAAAUAUCAAAUACUGUUAUUAAGACGAAUUAUACUCUCUAACGACAGUAACACUUUCACUCAUGCAUCAAUUCAUUCAGACCAUAAUGCAGUGAAACUAGCUAGUUGCAUUUUUCAGUAUUUGGAGCGUCAUAUCAACGAGAAAUUACAUAUUGGCAACGAAGAUUUGAAAGUGAUUUGCUUUGAACAGGCUGAAGUACUUGCUAGCUGGGAUGAAGAACGCACAUUAAAAAUUUUAUUUGGUUUAACAAAUGCAUCGAUAUCCGAAUUACUUAAUUUAAUUAAUUCAUAUGUGAAAGAGAAAAUAUCUAAUCAGCGCACCACUCAUUUAAUUUUACGAGCUUUUUUUAAGUGUCGAAAGGUUAUUUGUGGUCAUUAUCAAAGGAAUAAUUCUGAAGACUAUGUGUCGGAUGCUUCAGAUGAUGAGCCAACUUCAGUGUCGAAAAACUGGAGAGAAUUCCUUCAGAACUAUGAUACAAAAAUAACAGAAUUAUUUAUUCAGUCAUUAGUUCUUUUUGAACUUGCAUCUUCUGGUGCAUUGUUAACUUUCUUAGAAUCAAAUGACGAUUAUGCAAUCGAACAUGUACUGAAGAUUAUAUCGGUGGAAAAAUACCCAAGAGAGGUUGCUUAUCUAUAUGAAAUGUCUGGAGACUUAUCUAAGGCUACAGAAUUAUAUGAACAGAUAUUUUCUGAAACUUGGCAAAAACUGAUAAAAAUGGAAUGUGAACUUGAAAAAACCACUUCAGAUUUCUCUUCCAUCAGCCUUCAUAACUCGACUGACCGAUCGGCAACUGUUAUCAGCCCUGUCUUACAAAAACUAUAUGAUAAUGUUCAGCAAGCGAAUCAGCGUCUUUUAAACUUCUGCCAACGAAGGUGUGCACAAACGAAUGAUCAGUCAGAAAUUGAAGAUAUAUGGUUUAGUGUAAUUGAUUUAUUGAUGAAAUGUGAAUUUCUACAAAAUCAUCCUGUGUUAAACGCUCAGUUGAGUAAUAUAUUCUACAAUUCUUUCUCAUUAGUCUUGUCUUACUUACCGCCAACUGUGAUUGUUUCACAUAUCUUGAAUAUUGAUGGAACAGAAAUUACAGUUAACUCUAAAAUUAAUUUAUUGGUGAAGAAAUUUAUAUCAGCCUGUCAAUUUGAAGCGAACCAGAUGGCACUUAACGAACAGUUAGCAGGAAAAGAGUUAACUGUUACCCAACUUCGAACAUACAAACAGUACAAGCGUGGUUUUAGUAAUCGAAGCCUUAUUUGCUCUGUCUGUGGAUUAGACCUUCGGACAAACAAUUUAUUGACUAGACGAGAUUGGAGAGCAAAAAUUAUGAUGUUGAAUGGUGAAAAAGCUGUGAGCACUAAACGCGUAGUAGUAUUUCAUUGCCAUCAUGCAUUUCAUGAAAGAUGUCUGAAGGAAUUCCAAUGUAAAACUGAUACGCCCGCAUCCGUGACAGUCCUUCUACCCAGUCGUGUACAAAGAAUGAGUACAUUCUGUUUUAGGUUGAUAUUGAUCAACAUCUACGCGAAGUUUCACUCGUCCUUCAGGAAACUAAUUCCAGAACAUGGCAUAUUACAUCUACGCAACAACACCUGUGAUCUCUUGCUUCUAAUGUCGCUUAAUUUCUUAGUAAUUUCCAUGUGUCCGCAUAAUUAUUUCCUUGUAUAUUUUCACUAA